UUUUGACUCUCAUUCACGUACUUCCUUUCCUCUUCUUGAUAUGCGCCUUUUUUCAAUCAAACCAUUUUCUACCCUUCUAAUCAACAAACCCAAUUUCAAGAAUUUAAAACUCCCAUCAUCAAUGUCAACAAUUUCUCAAAACCCCAUUUUAAAAAAAGAAGAAGAAAUUUCAAAACAAUUAUGGACUAAAUUCAAUAAAUUAUCAAUUAAUUCACUUUAUACUCCUUUUCUUGUUUCUUUGGCUUCUGGGUGUUUAAAGAUUGAUACUUUCCGACAUUAUAUUGCUCAAGAUGUUCACUUUCUCACAUCUUUUUCUCAUGCAUAUGAAUUAGCUGAGGAGUGUGCAGAUGAUGAUGAUGAUGAUGAUUCUAAAGCUUGUAUAGUUGAGUUGAGACAAAGUGUUCUUAAUGAGCUUCAAAUGCAUAAUUCUUUUUGCCAAGAAUGGGGUUUUGACGUGUCCAAAGAAACUAUACCAAACUCUGCAACACUCAAGUACACUGACUUUUUGUUGGCAACAGCUUCUGGAAAGAUGGAAGGAAUUAAUAGUCCUGCAAAUCUCACAACGCCUUUUGAGAAAACAAAAAUUGCAGCAUACACUAUUGGAGCAAUGGUUCCAUGCAUGAGGCUUUAUGCUUUUAUUGGUCAAAAACUCCAGUCGUUGAUCGAUAUUAAUGGCGAUUGUCACCCAUACAGGAAGUGGAUCGAUAAUUAUUCCUGUGAAGCUUUUCAGGCAGCAGCUCUCCAGACUGAGGACUUGCUGGACAAGUUAAGUGUCACUUUGACGGGUGAAGAACUUGAUAUCAUGCAAAAACUUUACCAUCAAGCAAUGAAACUUGAGCUGGAGUUCUUUUUAGCUCAACCUGUUGAUAAGCUGACAGUUGUACCAUUAUCAAAGGAACACGAUUCCAUUACUCUUUUUUCUGAUUUUGAUUUGACAUGCACUGUAGUUGAUUCAUGUGCAAUUUUGGCUGAUACUGCUAUGGCUACAUCACCAAAGUCGGGUCAAAGUCUACCCGAAAGUCAAAGUACUUGGGAAGCAUUAUCUAAGCAGUAUUCAGAAGAAUAUGAAAAUUUAAUGGAAAAUAUGUUGGCAUAUCAGAAAGCGGAGAAAUUCGACUAUGAGGGACUAAGAAAAGCACUUGAACAGCUAUCAGAUUUUGAGAGAAUGGCAAAUACAAGAGUUAUUGAAUCAGAGAUACUCAAGGGUCUGAAUCUUGAAGAUAUUAAAUGUGCGGGGGAGCAUCUCAAAUUCCAAGAUGGUUGCAUUGAUUUCUUUCAGGACAUCACGAAGAAUGAGAAUUCAAAGGUGAAUGUUCAUGUUCUGUCCUUUUGCUGGUGCGGUGAUCUUGUUAGAUUUGCCUUUUCGUCAGGAGGUAUAGACAACUUGCACAUACAUGCAAACGAGUUCGUCUAUGAAGGCUCUCUAUCUACUGGCGAAAUUAUGAAAACAUUGGAGUCCCCUAUUGACAAGCUUCAAGCUUUUAUAGACAUUCUAAAGGAACGUGACGAACAUGACAAAAAGCUAACUAUCUACAUUGGAGACUCAAUUGGUGAUUUGCUUUGCCUUCUCGAAGCAGACAUAGGCAUUGUCAUUGGCUCAAGCUCGAGUCUGAGAAAAGUUGGUACCCAUUUCGGCAUUUCCUUCAUGCCUUUGUACACCAGUAUAGUCAUGAAGCAAAGAGAGUUUGUAGAAGGAAGUGAUUUUAGUUGGAAUAAACUAUCUGGAGUUCUAUAUACAGUUACUAGUUGGGCCGAAAUACAUUCUUUCAUUCUUGGUUGUUGAAAAUCAUGUUAUGUUGAUAAUGUAAGAAACAUCUUUACAUGUAACAAAAGAAAGAUACAAUAUCUCUUGUAUAUUAUCACUGCUUUGUAUGGAUGUUUAUUUUGAUUUUCGUUACACA